GCCAUACGGACCAAAGGUUUACGAACUAACAAACUGACAGAAAAUGGCCUCUAACGGCGUAGAUGGCGAGACUAACGCUGAUCGAAAUGUUGAAAUAUGGAAAAUAAAGAAGCUUAUAAAAAGCUUGGAAGCAGCUCGUGGAAAUGGAACAAGCAUGAUUUCACUUAUCAUUCCACCAAAGGACCAGAUUCCCAGGGUGUCCAAAAUGUUGGCUGAUGAAUUUGGAACAGCAUCAAAUAUUAAAAGUAGAGUGAACAGACUAUCAGUGCUGGGAGCAAUUACAUCUGUACAACAGAGAUUAAAAUUGUACAACAAAGUUCCACCAAAUGGUCUUGUUAUAUAUUGUGGAACCAUUGUGACAGAUGAGGGCAAGGAAAAGAAAGUGAACAUAGACUUUGAACCAUUUAGACCUAUCAAUACAUCCCUAUAUCUUUGUGAUAACAAAUUUCAUACAGAGGCAUUAACAGCACUUCUAGCUGACGAUAACAAAUUUGGUUUUAUUGUGAUGGAUGGUAAUGGGGCAUUGUUUGGAACUCUGUCAGGAAACACUCGAGAAGUUCUUCAUAAAUUCACAGUAGACUUGCCAAAGAAACACGGUAGAGGAGGUCAAUCAGCGCUUCGUUUUGCUAGGUUAAGAAUGGAAAAACGACACAACUAUGUACGCAAAGUAGCGGAAGUCGCAGUACAGAUGUUCAUCUCAAACGAUAAAGUCAAUGUGUCUGGUCUUGUAUUAGCCGGGUCAGCAGAUUUUAAAACAGAACUCAGUCAGUCAGACAUGUUUGAUCUGAGAUUGCAACAAAAAGUGAUAAAAAUUGUUGAUGUUUCAUAUGGUGGUGAAAACGGGUUUAACCAAGCAAUUGAACUUAGUGCUGAAUCAUUAUCAAAUGUUAAAUUCAUCCAGGAGAAGAAAUUGAUAGGUCGAUAUUUUGAUGAAAUCUCACAAGACACUGGGCGAUUCUGUUUUGGUGUUGAUGACACUUUGAAAGCCCUGGAGAUGGGGGCAGUAGAUAUUCUCAUUGUAUGGGAAAACCUAGAUAUAACCAGAUAUGUGCUCAAAAAUCAUCAAACAGAUGUUGAAAACAUCCUUUUCCUCACACCAGAGCAAGAAAAAGACAAAACCCACUUUUUAGAUAAAGAUACUGGUGUGGAAUUAGAGCUUCAAGAUCAGAUGCCUUUAUUAGAAUGGUUUGCUAACAAUUACAAGAAUUUUGGAGCAACCCUAGAAAUAGUCACUGACAGAUCACAGGAGGGUGCACAAUUUGUUAAAGGAUUUGGUGGAAUCGGAGGUAUAUUACGAUAUCAAGUGGACUUCCAGAUACUGGACCCAGGAUUGGACGGCUUUGAUGAUUUCAACCUGGAUGAUUAUUAACUUAUUUACUAAUUUUGAGCCAUGUUGAGACGACGUGAAAUGAAAUCUGUUCACAUAGCCUGUGAAUAGAAAGAAAAAUUUUACUGCUUAAACCUUCAAUUUUUUCAAAGACUUUCUGAUGUAAUGUACAGCUUCUGUUAAUUUAAUGCUGUGAAAAUGUUGCAGCUCUUCAGUUUGUUUUAUAUUUUAUGUUCAAAAGUUAAUUUCUGUAUACAUUUUACAGUAAUGUAAAAUUGAACUGCCAGAACAUGAUUUUAGUAUCUAAACACUUUAGAAAUAAAGUUCUGCACAUUUGGGUAAACAAAUUCUGCUAUGUAGAAUUUGAUGAAAACCCUAUUUCUUCGAAACCAGAAUAUACCAUCAAAGUUAGGCAAAUAAAAAGGUUAGGGUAUUAAUGUGUCAUAUUUUUUGUCAAACUGAUUUGAAAUAUUGGUACACGGUGUCGGUCAGUUUUCACAGUGGGCUUUUAUGGGAAAAUCACAUUUGUUCUGGACAUUUUUGCCUGAAGAAAAAGUAAGUUCAGCAAUGUAUGUUAUAGUGAAACUUUUCUUAGUUUUAUAGCGUUCACUGUUUAACACUUAAUACAUGGGAUGUAAUAGAUUUCCGGCAACAUUUAUUCUACCUAUAUAAUGGCUACCAUGCAUUAUUCUAAGAUUUAUACAUAAUUGACAAUACAGUGUCACUUCUGGUUAAAGGGGAACGCUAGAGUCUGUAUACGAGAUGGGUGAAAUUUUUCCCAGUAACAGGAUUUCUUCAAACUUUGAAUAUUGAAGGACAAUCAUCUAAGAAACAAAGAUAUGCAAUAAAAUUCAUAGGUCACCAGUAUUGAAAGAGUUAUCUGCCCUUGAAAUCUAAGUGUACACCAUUAAUCACAGGUCCAGAACUACCAUAACUGGAUAAUAAUGGUUUGCUUGAAAUUUUCUUGGUUACUUCUACAGUUCUGGUUGGUAUAUACAUGUUUGUUGAAUCUCCUCUGAAGAUGAUUGAUAUUUAGUAAAUCAUUCCAAUUUAAUGUGGUGGAUUUUUUUUUGUGAUAAUUGAUCAUAUGAUGCAAAGAAAUUCAAAGUUUAUGUAGUAUUUAGAUAUGAACAGUGAAUAAUAGCUUCAAUAAAAUUGCUCAAUGUUGGCAUAAAUAUGUAAGCAUUUAAUCUUUUUGUUUAAAGUUACUUAUUGGUUAAUUUUUUUUUUCUAAAUCCACCAUGAUGUUACAGAACAUUUUAAAACAAGAAAUGCACAGCACUCAAGAAGUUUUGUUCAAUUUAAAACUGACUGUUUAUUCUUUUAUGAUUUGUUUUAUUUUGUUCAGUUCUGAUUCCAAUUCUAAACGUGUAUAGAUAUUGUAUAAUUAUUUAUUUUGUUUAUAAAAAUGUUCAGUAAGUAGAAAAAGGGAAGGUUUAGCAGUAUACACAUUCUGUCAUGUGUAAAAAUCAGAUACAGAAUAUAACAAUU